AUGGGCUUCGCUGGCGACGCCGUCGUCGUCGCAGCGGGGCGGCCGUCGCAAAGCAGCACGUUCGAGUGCGACGAGUCGCAGACCGCCAGCCACUGCGCCAUCCACACGCUGAGCAAGGCUCGCCUCCACCUGGCGGAGGCCAUGGCUCUCGCGCGCCACUGGGGGCGCACGCUCGUGCUGCCACGUGUCUGCAGCAGCCACAUCGGCGGCAACAACCUGCCACGUGGCAUGAUCCCCGCGUGCGCAUACUUUGACAUGGUGGGAGCUGAUGGGGCGGUUUGUGCCGUGGGUGCGCGAGGAGUAUCUCUGGUGCCCGCUUGGGAGGGGCGCGGGGGAGCGAGCUCCGGGGAAAGGGAAAUGCUCGCUCACUUCCAGGGUCACGAGUAUCAGGAGAGCUCAUGCAGGCAGCAGGGCAACGCAUCUUCAGGGAGAAGCAAGCACCCAUCCCAGCUGCUCCUGCCCUCACCAUCCGGUUUCUUUCUCAGUGCUUUGUGCUUCUGCUUCUCCCCAAACAGCUUGUCCCCUCACCUGGCUGUUCUCCUUGCUUGCUCCAACUCCCCCUCUGCUAUUUGGCAGCCACAGUCGUACCAAUCUGCUCUGAAAUGCACAGCUGCUGUUCCUAGCUUGCUCCAACUCCCCCACUACAGUAGCGUGGGUGAGUCUGUGCCUGUGCCUGUCCCUGUGCCUGCACAUGCCUCUGCUAUGCACGGUGCGCACAGCAACGAGCGGCUGGGCAGCAACAUGGAUGGGGAUCUGCAUAACCUGCAUGGGGACGAGGCAUUGCAGCUCCUGCACCUGCACCUCACGCUCCUGCAAACCCUACCCAUCCGCUCCCUGCUCACAUCGUCCCAUACUCCUCUUCCCUCCUCGCUUCAUCGCAUCGUUUCUGCCCCUCGCGUCAUCCCAUGCCACUCUCCCCUUGCCUUUCCUCCCUCAUAUCGCUUUGCGGCGUAUCGACACCCCACAGCACCCCUCUCCACCCCUCCGUCUCUCCAGUCUCUCUGCAUCUUCUCUUCUCACGCCUCUCUCUGGUCCGUUCCCUUCCCAAGCUCGUUCAUGCUGUGCCAGGAAACCUUUUCCCACAGACUUGGCGUGUGGGGGGGUGGUGCUUGA